AUGAGACCAUUCAGUUCAUUUCAAGUUGUAUUGGUUAGUUUGGGACUCUUCCUUGUAGCUUGUGAUGCCUUUGCAUCCAAUGAAGUUUAUGCUCUCUCUACCUUCAAGGAAGCUAUAUAUGAAGACCCAUUUCUGGUUUUGUCAAAUUGGAAUGCCCUAGAUGCAGAUCCUUGUGAGUGGUCUGGAAUUUCCUGUUCCUUUGCUGGAGAUUUUGUGGUAAAAAUUAACAUUUCUGGGGCGUCUUUGAAGGGUUUUCUUGCACCUGAACUGUCUAUACUCACUUCCCUGCAAGAACUAAAUCUUCAUGGGAAUUAUCUGAUUGGUGUAAUACCUAAAGAAAUUGGCAUGCUGAAAAACCUCAAGCUCUUGGAUUUGGGCAUGAACCGGCUAUCAGGACCUAUUCCUGCUGAGCUUGGGAAUUUGACCAGCAUUGUGAAAAUAAACCUUCAAUCAAACGGGUUGACUGGGAGAUUGCCAGCUGAGCUUGGCAAUUUGAAAUACCUCAAGGAACUUCUGCUGGAUCGAAAUAAGCUUCAAGGAGCUGUCCCUGGAAGUAAUGGCUCGGACUCUGCGCCCAAGCUGCAAGGGCUGUAUGUCUCAAGUGGGAACCCAACAGGCUUCUGUCGCUCAUCUCAACUAAAAAUUGCAGAUUUCUCAUACAACUUUCUUACCGGGAGCAUACCCAAGUGCUUGGGGUAUCUUCCGAGCUCAAGCUUUCAAGGGAACUGCCUUCAAGACGGAGAUCCCAAACAACGCCCUACUAUUCAAUGUGGUAAUGCUCCACCUGCCAAAAGCCAUCCUGGAGUCGAAGUAAAACACCGGCCUGUUGAAGAUCGAUCCAAACAUGAGGCUGCUUCAAAACCUGCCUGGCUUUUAGCCCUGGAAAUAGUCACAGGAGUUAUGGUGGGUUCUCUCUUUCUUGUGGCGCUUCUCACUACUCUUCAGAAAUGCAAAAAGAAACCUUCUAUUAUUAUUCCAUGGAAGAAAUCAGCGAGUGAGAAGGACCACAUGGCAUUUUGUAUAGAUAUGGAAUUGUUGAAGGAUGUAGUGAGAUUCAGCAGACAAGAACUUGAAGUAGCCUGUGAAGAUUUCAGCAACAUCAUUGGGUCGUCUCCAGACAGUUUAGUCUACAAAGGCACCAUGAAAGGUGGGCCUGAGAUUGCUGUGAUAUCCCUUUGCAUCAAAGAAGAGCAUUGGACAGGCUAUCUUGAACUCUAUUUUCAGAGAGAGGUUGCAGAUUUGGCAAGAUUAAAUCAUGAGAACACAGGAAAAUUAAUAGGCUAUUGUAGAGAGAGCAGUCCUUUUACAAGGAUGCUGGUGUUUGAUUAUGCAUCAAAUGGGACAUUGUAUGAGCACCUCCACUAUGGAGAAGGAUGCCAAUUAUCCUGGACACGUCGAAUGAAAAUUGUUUUAGGCAUUGCCAGGGGUCUAAGAUAUCUUCACUCUGAGUUUGAGCCUCCUUUUACGAUAUCUGACUUGAAUUCGAGUGCUGUAUACCUUACAGAAGAUUUUUCUCCAAAGCUAGUUGAUUUCGAAAGUUGGAAAACAAUUCUUUCAAGACCAGAACAGAACUCUGGCGCUAUCAGCAAUGAAGGUGCUCUUUGUAUUCUUGCAAAUUCUCUACAGGGACGUCAUCUAGAUGUCCAAGAGAACAUUUAUGCUUUCGGUGUACUUCUUCUGGAAAUAAUCAGCGGGAGACCUCGAUACUGCAAGGACAAAGGGUGCUUGGUAGAUUGGGCUAAGGAAUAUCUUGAACUGCCAGAAGUAAUGUCUUAUGUUGUGGAUCCUGAGUUGAAACAUUUUAAAUACGAUGAGCUCAAAGUGAUAUGUGAGGCGGUAACACUCUGCAUUUAUCCGAGUCCUAAUAACCGAGUAUCCAUGGAGGAGUUGUGCACCAUGCUGGAGAGCAGAAUUGACACAUCUGUUUCUGCUGAGCUCAAGGCAUCAUCUUUGGCAUGGGCCGAGCUUGCUCUUUCAUUGUGACCAAGUCAAAGCUAACACACCAUAAAUCAGAAAUAUACAAUUUUAAUACUCUUCUUCCUUCUUCCUUUCUUCCCCCUUUCUAUCAUCUGUGAGUUUCUGUAAAUACUCCCAUGUUGAAAGGAACAUCGAGUUUCCAUUCAUGGAAAAUCCUCGUUUCUUUGUAUACCCUCUGUCGAUCAGUAAAGAUGUGAAAU